CGUAUGUGGGCAAAGAACAGAGAGCAUCCGUCCAGAGACACACACCACAGUCUACAGAACAACGAGUACCCCUCCAUUUCCUAGUUAAGGGCACUUACGCUUCUUCCGAAGCUCCGUGUACCGUGGGGCCGGCUACUUGCAGCUAAAGGAGACACAAGCACGGAGUAUUGUUGGAUAAACAUCUCCGAAGAAUGCGCCGCUCGGCGAGUGAAGCGCCCUUCGUGGAAGACUGAAAAAUACGUAUAAACCUUAGCAAGAGCAAGAGCAUCAAUCUCGCUCACUGCUGGUCAGAACAGAACAAGAAAAGCGAUGCCACUGAAAACACAGAUGAAGACUCUGGGCGAGGCGAAAGAGUCGGACGCGGCCUGCAUCGCCGACAUCCACAUCGCCGCAUUCGAGGCAAACUUGCAGUUCAUCGCGCAAUUCCCAACCCCUCCUGUCCGCAAGGGUUUAUGGACAUCACUAAGGGACAAGGCAAUUAGCGAAAUACGCGAUCCAAAGUGGGUGGUCCUAGUUGUUCGCAACGAGGAGGAUCAAGUCAUCGGCUUUGCGAAGUGGUGUCGCCCCAUCCUGAAAUCCGAGAACUACGAGAAACCGCCCUGGCAAUGGCCAGAAGGAACAAAUAUGGCCGCCUUAAAUGAGUGGACGGCGAAGGUCGAAGCUGCAAACGCAAAGAUCCUCCACAACACGCCCUGCUACCGUUUAAGCUUCUGUGCUACGGAUCCUCGCUAUCAACGCCAGGGAGUGGCUUCUUUGCUGGUAGGAUGGGGUAUACGUCGCAGCAAGGAAGAGAAUAUUCCCGUUGCCCUUGAGAGCACACCCGAGGGAACAAUUUUCUACGAAAAGCUCGGUUUCAAGGCAGAAGGACGGAUCUCCAUGCAAUUAGAUGAUGUAGGCCAGGAUGGCGCAUCCGUACUUUAUGAGGAAACCUGCUUUGUCUUCUGGCCGGAUUUCGUAAGCUGAGUUCCGCGUACGGUACGAUUCGCUACCGCAGGUUAGGGUCAAAGUGGUGGGAGACAUCGCCUCAUAUCACGAAUAGAGAUAUGCAUUAGCACCAGCAGUACUUCUGCUUUCCAAUCCAACUCAGCGACUUUUCCUGCUCGUCCCCGUCCCCGUACCAUCUCAAACAACAGAUCCCAUCAUUCUCUCGCACCACUCUACGAUGGUCUAUCCCUGUGCGUUUGAUUAAUUCUUCGGCCAGGGGCGAAGGAUCCCACAAUUUCACAUGUUGUAAUCUCCAGUUCGCUGCCUCAGCCUGCGCCGCUUGCAGGACUGCUCUAAGCUCUUUCACCGGUAAAUCGGGCCGUUUGUUAUCAUCGGAGGAAUCGUCCAGAAGUAAGGUAUUCUCAAUGACUAGUCGUAAGAUGUAUAGCACGUUGCCCGAACACCCGUCUGGAGAUUUAUAAAACCGAUGGAUCCAGAUAGCCCAUACUCGAUUGCCCGGUUCUCCUGCAAUGGCCCCUUUAAUAUGCGGCUUUUUUUCCAGCAGUUUCUCGCAGUCAAACUCUUCUUUGUGGUGAUGCCAGAGCAUAUGAUCAUGAUCAGGAAGAAUCAUGUGUCUAGCUCUUCCGUCCUUAUAUGGACGGGCCAUAGCCUGGCGGAUUAUUGAUUCGUCAUCUGCACAGAGCUGACCUACCUCUUCAGCUAGAACACAAGUAGCACUGCGGCUCUCAAGUGGGGCGGGACUGAAUUCAAUGUGGUAGCUCGAGAACGGUUGCCAUCCCACAGCGGCAUAGAACUUGCUCCCAAUAUCCGAAAAAAGCACGCUUGCAGCGACUUUGCUGACUCCCUCCACCUGCCAAGUCGCCAGGACUUUACCCAACUCGGUCAACAUCCGUGAAGCGUAUCCUCGACGUCGAUACCGUGGAUUGCAGUAGACGCUGGCAACGCCAUGCGUGAUUGUCUCGGUGACAUUUCCGUUGGCAUCGCUGGUCAAUGAACGCUUGCGAACUGAUUCACACGAAGCCAAUAUCUGCCGGCGACCAGGAGGGAGCGUUUUAUCCACCAAAAUCCACUGUGUCAUUCCCUUGUUCUUCGCGAGUGGGAGGGUCGUGACAUAUGCGCAUCCUUCUAUAAAUUGGGGUACAGUCAGGGCGUCUUUCCAAGCAACUGACUGGAGUCUCCAAAUGAAGCUAUUCUCUUGGUCCGUUGGAUGGCUGAGAUGGAGGUCUGGUGAUGUGGCAUCCGGCAAUGUUGCAAUGUCAUCGUGCAUUGCCGUGCUUUCAGGGCCGCUUGGAUUCCCAGCAAGUUGCCCUGUUGUCUUUAGAGCAAGACCACCAGAGGGUUCGAGGACUGCUCCCUGUAACUUCGCG